UCCAACUCGGCAGCGUGCCUCAGACGGUUCGCGUAGGGGGAGCGGUGUGCGUAAGCUGCUUUCAAGCCGGCGUCGAGGGAGCCGGCAGUCAACGAAUCGUGUAGCCGGUGAGCGGUUGAGGACCCAGUGCAGUUGUUUGUCUCGUUGCUGUGUCCGCCGGCGUCGCCACCAUGGCCGUCAACGAGGCCGAGAAGACUCAAGUGAACGAAUUGGUGAACGACUUCAUGCGUUACCAGCUAAACCGGCGCGGCGUUCAGUGGAAUACGUGCCCGCCAUUGCCGCGACCUUCCAAAGUGUCUCUCGUACUGCGGACGCUGGGGGAUGAGUUUGUCACCAAAUACCGCGAGGAGUUCACUCAGAUGUGUGGCCGACUCGACAUGACUCCCUCCGUGGCCCAGACGGCGUACACAGACGUGCUGAACGAGCUCUUCAGCGAAGGGAUUACGUGGGCACGCAUCGUGGGUGCCUUCGCGUUCAGUGUGGAGCUGUCGGCGCUCUGCGUCGAGAAGAACUGGUCCGAACUGGUGGACAGCAUCGCAUCCUGGUUGUCCUCGUACGUCUGUACGAGGCUUCUUCCCUGGAUAAAGGACCACCAAGGAUGGGACGGUCUGGUCGUGUUCAGCGAGGAGCGCGACGACACCGGCGCUGCCGAGUCUCCCUGGCCAAUCUUCAAGAACGUGGUGUGCGGGGUGGCCGUCACGGCGCUCGGUGCCCUCACGCUCGGCGCCUUCCUCACGUCCAAGUCGUAAAGGGGGGGGGACCAUUUGCCAGCGCUCGGCAAGCCGGCCAUCGUCUUAUCCCGUCGUGGCCGGCCUGCACGGAGAGCUCCGCAAGAUACACAUCCGCUUCACGUGUACCUGCACGAGAAACACCGCCAGCCCGUCCGGUCGGCUCUUCUGUUGCGUCUCCGGCCGUGGUCGUCGAGCAGGAAAGGAAACCUUUCGGCACGCCUCUUUUAUAGCCGACUCGCGGACACACUCUUUCGACUGGUGCCGUGCAUCUACUGCUCACCUUCGGUGCCCCAACUCUGGGGGUGCAUCUGGAGACUGUGCCGGUGGGACAGUAGGUGCGACGACGGCACCGGUGCGGCCGAGUGACGAGUCUUCUUCGGCGGUGCACACUUUCGCGGUCCCCCUCGCCUGCGUUUGUCCUGCGACCUCUUCUUCGAGGCGGGCCCGGCAGGCAGUGCGUUUCCGUGUGGUGCUUUCGUGGAAACGGUGGCAUGGACAAAGCGAGUCUUUACCUCCUUGCGGGUAUGACAGUUCAAACGACGCUGCUGCUGCUUCGUCUCUUAUAUACGAACUCCCCGCAAACAAACAAACAAAAAAAAGGACUUCCAGAACGAAACGUGUGUGAGAUUGGUGCGGCGCCAGUGUGCGAAGCGUGCGCCUAUCGAAUACACUGCAUCGCUGAUGUGUGUGCGUGUGUCUGUCGUUCAGCCGGAAGAAAACGUGUGUGUGUGUACCUUUUGCUACUUGUACACUGCGGACUUCCCGCAUGGCCGAGCGCAAUCGCCUCCCGAGAUGAGCGUCGCGCAUCGCAGUCGCGCUGUGCGUCACUUUUCGAAAAAUAGAGCAGUGCUGUAGACUGUUUCCUUUCUUCUCGUUAAUAUUACCUAGAUUCUGCGAACUUCUUGUGCGAAUGUGUAUUUUCCAGUGGCGCGAGUGAAUUAUUCCUCCUGUCUGAGCCGUAAUUGACUGUUUAUGGUUUUCUUGUGCUGUACUUGCUUUUUCUUUUUGGUUUUGUUUCUCAAUGUUUUUUUCUUCACCUCCGGAGACCAGACUGCCAGCAACGCCAGCUAGUCCUAAGACUGCCCUUACAAA